AGUACAUUCCUCCAGUUAUGUUCAGUAUUUACAUACUGUAUAUCUCCAGCGUGGCCUGACUCCGCCCCGAGGGCUCCGGCUCAAGACGUCAUCACGCUUCCCCGUCCGCGGCCAAUGAGAGCGCAGGAGGGCGUGCCGCGGUCUCGCGCCGGGUAAAAGGGAUUUGACAGUUGCGGGGUCUCGUGCCGAGCCUCCGCUCCACUUCCUCAGUGGGGCAGAGACCAUGGCGGCGGCGGCUGCGUGCGGCCAGCACGGCGCUGCGUUAACGGCCGCCGUUACCGGCAAGAAAACGCACACCAACCGGGAACACAGUCGGAGGAACCGGGAGAACUCUCGCCGGAGACAAGCGGCGCUUUUGUUUCUCAGUAACAUCUCCCUGGACGGACGGCCGGUCCAGAGUUGUUCGGCCGAGAACGGAGGAAGCCGCCUCCACAAGGAGACCGACUCGGAGGGAGCCGACUGCGGCUCCGCGGCGGCGGCUGCGUCCGGGUUGUGUCCUCCGGAGGCGGCGAAGAGUAGCAGCUACGGGCCACUGUCCGCUUUGUCCUCGGCCGCGAGCUGCGGGAACGUCAAUCCCCCUCCGGCACCGAGGACGGGGCUCCUCGGCGUGCCGCCCAUCCUCGUCCUGCCGUCGGACGCGGGGUUCGACGGGGCGGGGAGCGCCGAGGUGCUGCUGGGGGAGUGCUGCAGGGGCUCGUUCGCUUCGCCGGGCAACAGCCACCUGCUCUCGCCGUCCCCGUCCAACAUGAGCCUGCUGCCGUCGCCGCUGGGACCGCGGAAGUCCUCCACCCUGCUGUCGGUCCACAGCUGCAACUCGGUGUCGUCGGAGCCGAGGCAAAGGACUCGUAACCUCUCUGGUGGUUCUCCCAAGCCUCGACAAACCAAGAAGAUGCACUUCAUCAAAAACAUGAAACAGUACGACACGAGAGGCAGCAGGAUCGUGCUGAUCUGUGCUAAGAGGUCCCUGUGUGCCGCCUUCUCUGUUCUUCCCUAUGGAGAGAGCUUCUACCUCAGUGACCCCACGUUAAACCACACGAGGAGGAGACACUCGUCUGGAAACAUCUCCACCACCCUGGAGAUGCUGCCGGGACUCGAGGGCUUCCAACUGGACACCUACGGCAGGUCGGUGUCGUACGCUCAGUUCCUGUACCCCACCAACGCUCUGGUGAGGCAGAAGCCGUCGUCAGCCAGUGACCUGACGCUGCAGAUCCCCGUGUCCAGGAGCACACACAGCAUGCCGGGCAGAGGUUAUCCACCCAGCAGGCUGAACAGCGCUGUGGGACUGGACCUAGGUCUGGACGAUGUGAGCGACUACGACCCUAACCUCCUCAGCGACCACCAGUGGCCUUGUGGGAAACACAAGCGAGUGCUGAUCUUUGCCUCCUACAUGACCACAGUUAUAGAAUACGUCAAGCCGUCCGACCUGAAGAAAGACAUGAACGAGACCUUCAAGGAGAAGUUCCCUCACAUUAAACUCACCCUCAGCAAAAUACGCAGUCUGAAGAGAGAGAUGAGAGUCGUUGGGGAGGACUGCGGCAUGCAGCCCGUCACCAUCGCCAUGGCGUUUGUCUACUUUGAGAAGCUGGUGCUACAGGGACGAUUCAAUAAACAGAACAGGAAGCUGGUGUCCGCUGCCUGCAUCCUAUUGGCUGCCAAGAUCAGCAGUGACCUCAAGAAACAGGAGGUCAAACACCUCAUUGAUAAGCUGGAGGAGCGUUUCCGGAUCAGCAGGAGGGAGCUGAUCUCGUUUGAGUUCACCAUCCUGGUCGCCCUGGAGAUGGCGCUGUACCUCCCCGAGAGUAAAGUCAUGCCACAUUACAGGCGGCUGAUGCAGCAGCAGCAGUUAUAGCAGUGCCUGUGCUCCACAGCAGGGCGACACAUCGAUCCCUCCCUCCAGACACUCGCAGCACCUUUCAUCUCCACACUGUGACGGACGGAUCCUCCGGCUCCGAGGAACCCGCCUCCGCUGUGCUCGCGACGCAGACGCCAAAGUUCAGCCACACUGUGACGGCAGUGGAACAGCAGGCCUGGUAACGCCUGGCUCAGCAGCCCAGAGAGCAAACAUCACUUUCUUCCCUCCUUCAAACACCAAAGUGACGACACACUGUGACAGUUCAGCAGCAACGUGCAAAAUCACCAGACGUCAAAUUCAUCACAACCCUCCAAAUCAAGAAAACUUUAAAUUUUUAACCCGAUUUCCGUAUCAGGCUGUGAUUUCUGUCGGCUGAUUUCAAUAACGGAGACUCAACAAUAACAUGCGUAUGAAAUGAGAUACUUCUGCAGUGGAAAAAAAGUUUGAGAAUAUGAAUAAUUGUUAUUGGACUUAAAAGACGGGGAAAUAUUGCAUUUUACAAUAGCAUCCAAUCGCUUACAGGGUAAUACACAUAACAAAACACUGAGAGAUGAUUAUGGAAGUUGGUUUUGGUUUUUGUAUGGGAAAAAAACGUGUACAGGGUAAUACACAUAACAAAACACUGAGAGAUGAUUAUGGAAGUUGGUUUUGGUUUUUGUAUGGGAAAAAAACGUGCGCAGUUUCUACAAAUUCAGAGAAAUCUGAAACAAAAUGAAGGUCAAAACUCAGAAAAUAAGGAGGCUGCAGUGAAUUUUACCUUCAAAUCGAAUCAGAAAAAUCAAAUUCUAAGACAGUUUCAAACUCGCAACCAAUCGAAUCGCUGCCUUCACUAUCCUAAUUGUUUUCCUGAUUCCAGACUUCUCCUUAGUCUGGGCCCAAAUGUAACCAUUAUGAGCCUUCAGUCUAAAAGUGCCGUGUUCGCCGCCUCUGCGGCACCGUGGGCCAGGUCCCUACACAACUAUGAGUUUUGUGCAUUUCGACAAUCAUAUUUAUUGCAUCUUAAAUGAACAGUGCCGAAUGUUUCCCCCCAAAUUACUCUGAUUAUUAGUGGGAUCUAAAAUUGGGGAAUUUAAUUUAAGGCGAAAACUUUAGCCGCUGGUCGGAUCCAUUCAUUUCAUGAGGUCAGCACUUCUCUCGGCAUGGUCCUGAUAUCUUAUCCUCCGCUUCUCACCGAGCCGGUUUUCAAGGUUUCAGCUCUUUUUUUAAAUUUUAUUCUUCCUUUCCACUCUCACUCGCUUCAUAGCGCCUUCUCUCUUCUCCCAUUGCACUUAAAGCUCCAUUGGAGAAGUUGAGGCACCACAACUGUAGUCAGUCAGCAGGAGGACAGUUGUUCCUUUUCUGCCCACAAUGUUUCCCCUUGAAUCCAGGGAUUCAAACCGCCAACCUAAACUUCACUUCUCUGUAUAUUUGACCUCGUUGCUCUCAUGUUGUCGUCGUCGUCCCCCUACGGAACGAUCGGCAGGCUUCAGCUCGCUCUGGUGGUCGCAGAGAAGCAGUGCAGCCCUUAGGAUAAACGCUGUUAUCAUUAAGGGAAAGCCCUCGAAUCACAGCUGGGCGCUGCCAUCUUGCGCUUUUCACGUCAUUCGGAGCCAGAGUCGUAAUCGUGGAGUGCAAGUGCGAUAUCGCGGCUCCUCCUGAUAACAGGUUCCGGCCAAAUCGUGAGUCAGUCUCAGCUGUAAAUCAUGACUUGUACUUGUGUGACAUGAAGGAGGUGGACUUUAUGACCUAUACUGCAUUCAGCCGCCAGGGGGCGACCAAGAUGGUUUGGCCUCACUUCAUGUCACAAAUACAGAAAACCCAGUCGCUGUCAAGUAUAGAAAUGUAGGCAAAGCAACCGGAAACUUCCAGUGCAGCAGAGGCAGCGCUUCCGCGAGAGGGCGGCAGGUCUGUCAGCAGACAGUUAGCAUUAGCAUUAGCAGCUCGUGAAAGUUUUAUUGCAGAAUCUCGCCGAUGUUGCCGCUGUUAUUUGCAUAUCAUGAAUAUUCAUAGUCUCCGAAUUUCUCAAUGAGGGAGGGAGAGCGUGGAUGGUUUCCAGCCCCAUUUCAGAGGGUUGUUUAUAAACUUUUUUGAGGGUAAACGAUGUUAAACAAAGUAUUAGGCAGGGCUGAUUAUUUUUUAUAUUCUUUAAAAUGUGACUGGAGUGGCUCUUUAAAAUACAGACAAACCGGUCAAUAAAUAAGAGCAUAGUUGAUGAAUUUAAGAUAACGGAAUAUUGAUCUUUUAUUACAGUUACAUCUUUGGGGUUUAUACUUCCUGGUUGGAAACGAUUUGAAUACGAUAACUUUGGGUGGAACGAGACGUGACAUUAAUCAUGUUGAACAGAAGCAACUCACUGUGGCUGCAGACGUCCUGGUUCCGUCUGAACUGUGAAGGAACCACAUUUCUGCCCGAAAAAAAAAUCCUGUCCAUGAACUACUCUGAUGGGGGAAAAACAAGCUCAUCAUUCUGAUAUUAUUUAUUCUGUUUUCACUGUAUCACACAGACAUGGACUUUGAACCAAACGGACGCCUCGGACAGGAUGCUUCUGAUGGAUUUUCUUCCGUGUUCCAGCAGUAAACUUUUUAUUUUUUAUUUCAAACACUGACACGAUGGAACAUUGUACCUGCUUUAUCCAAGAUCAUGAACUAAUGGGCAUUUUCCUUUUAAACCGUUGGUCACAGGAGGCCAUGUUGGAGGCAACACAUCUGCACAAACGAUCUCUGUAAAGCCUCUGUUGUUUUUGCACUUUGCCCUUUUUUGCUUCUCAAUCCUAAAUCUUUAUUUUAUCACUAGGUAACAAGGGUAAUAAUAUUUUUCUACAUGUGAAGUAUCUUAUUGUAUAUCGAGAACUGACCGAGUCACUGAAAUGUAUUUAUAACUAAUAAUCCUCCAGAUGAAGGAUGGUGUUUUAAAUUGUCCGGGUUUCAAACGCAGUCAGAGCUGAAGUCGUCCCACAGGAUCAGCGAAGGUUUUAAGAUUUAAAACAUGAUUCUUCAUCUCGAAGGUUUUCUCAUCUGUGUUCUUCCACAAAUGUUGUUAUCCUCUCGUGCGAUAAAGCGGCCGUCUACUUUGUAGUUGGGGGUCGCCUGGACUUUGGAGCAGGAGAGCCGAAGGUCUUCACUCUGGACUAGAGCUCUGCUACAUGACAACGAACCUUCAAAAUAAAGGCACGUGAAACUUGUUUGAUUAGUUUAAUGCAUUAGGAUGAACUUUUCUUUUAGAAAAUAGUUUAUACAAUGCAGAUGUUUCAUAUCAAUCUGGCCUAAAACUGUACAUGAUAAUAAUUUAACACAAAAAAAACAAAAACAUGAUGCAGACUUGGAUUCCAGGUUCGGGUCGAUGCAGAACUCUAGUUUUAACAGUUUGUCCGUUCAGGCCUCAGUUUUUUCCUCUCCUGCUCUGAACAAGGUGACGAAGGUGAAUCCACGCUGCGCAAUUUGUACUUGGACACUAAAGAGCAGAGUCGUAUAGUGAAACUGUUCUCGAAGUGGAAUCCAGGAAAAAGUGAAAAGUAUAUUUUGGCUUGAGACUCUGCUUGAGAGUAGAAACGGCACGCGACCUUCCGACGUCGUCUUCUCUACAUUAGAGAGUUGUGAUAUUGAUUCUAUGCAGCUUUUUAUCCUGUCAGCGUGACCGUCCUCCUCUCCCUCCCGAGUGUGUUUACCUUUAAUGUGCCACAGCGUUUCUGUUUUACGUGACACUCCUUUAUUUGAACAUCACACGCACAUGUUGUAUUAGUUUCUUGUUUUGUAAUUUUGACUCUUCUUUGAUCACUGUAAGGUUGUAAAGGGAAACAUUAUCCAUUUGAUUGUCUUCCAUUUUACUGUUUUACAUCUUAAGUUAAAUAGGUUUUUGCAAUGUGUUUCUUCGUUCCUUUUAAAUCGACAACAUGGACAAGCAGCGUUGCAGUCAAGGAAUCACAUGACGUGAAUCUGUGUUAAUAUUAUGUUUGUGUUCAGUUGGUGUUGCCACAUUUGUUUGAAACACGUGCCGUGACCCCGAUGGACAAAUGAACAUUAACGGUAAAUCAGGUUAAGUUUAUUUUCAACAAUAUCAACCUGCUUGCGGUGUAAACAGCUGCUGUUCAUACUGUAGUCGGACACACUGCAGUAAGAAUAUUUAUAGAAAUGUUUUGUAAAAGAUAAAAGACCAUAUACUGUUUAAAAUGCCAAUGUAUGUCAAAUUUAUUUUAAUUAAAAAUAUGUAAUUUA